CGCGUCGAUCUUCGCCCCUCAUCUUCCUUCAUUGCGUCGCAUCACAUCACACCGCAUCCAAUGAAUGUCGCAAGCGGCAGUGCCUCUGCGCGGACCAAGAAGCACUCGGCUCGGUCGCUGCCGCCUUUCACACCACCCGUCGCUGCCGACAGCUCGACGACCUCGUCGGCCCCAACUGCUCCUGUCGCCGCAUCAGCGCAACGCUCCCAUUCCGAACAGCAGCAGCAUCCGCUCCCGCUUGGAAAGCAUCCAUAUGCGCACCAGCCGGACCCGAUGCCCUUGAUCUCGAUGGCGAUGGUCCCGGACGACGGCAAGCCCCUUUUCACAGACGACUCGGUGCUUGAACCCGAGCAGGUCAUCUUGCUCGCUGAUCCUGUGCAGUGGUAGAUCAGCUUCGAUGCGACAACUGCGAUCACGGAGGUGCCGGAUGGAUUGAAACUCUCGAUGAAGCCGACGGUCCUUUGACUUUGGGCUCCUGAAUAUACACCGAUCUGUGCCAAAGUCCAGAGACGCCAUUCGCUU